GAGGGGACCGCCGACACCUUUUGGAAAUUGCGUCUUUCCGCUCGCGAGAGCUCGCGCCGAUGGGUGCAGGGCCGUAAUCGGCGCGUGACGGCGCCCGAAACACGAGGCAUUUGUUAUCGAGCUUCUCUCUCUCUCUCUCUUUCUCUUUCUCUUUUUCUCUCUCUUAUCUCUUUUUUAUUUCUGUCGUUUUUGUAUCACGGAAGCCAAGACAGUCGUCUCCGGCAACGAGCGAGAAAGCGAGCGCGCCGCCGGGCGCGGAAUCGCGAUUACGGUUUUCCCUUUCGUUCGACCACUGCCCGUACGCGCGCGACAUAACGAGAGGCGGCGCGCGCGGAAGCGAGAAGGAGAGAACGCGAUCCGAAUUGGAGCGCGAGGACGCGCGCGCGCACUCGUUCAUACACACACACACACACACCUAUAUUUGUAGUUUCAUCGUUUCACGCCGUCGAGGAUCGUCGCGCUCACUGGCUCACACGAUGAUGACCCCGACCUUCGAGUUUUGUCGCCAAUGACGCGAUCUUUGGAAUCAUUUUUGCCUUCGACUUAACCUCUCGAUUGUCGCACGCGGCGGAGCAAGGAGCCGCGACUCGUCGCCCCGUAGCAUCGCGCUAAUCUAAAUUUCAAGCCGCGACGUUGACGUUCGUUGACCUGACGGCGGGCGCGAGUCGUCGUCGAUUCCGUUUGUCCUAAGGAAGAAAGAAAGAAAGACAUGUGGCGGGCGGCGGCGUGGCCGCUACGGUCCUGGCGCGGCUCUCGUGCUGUCAGUGCGCGACAGUGCGCCGGACGCUCGCUUGACUCAGGGAGUGCCCGUGUGCCGAUGCAAAGUGUAAGUGAGAGAGAAGUGGCCUACAGACCUACAUUUGUCUAACGUUCCAUUUUUUCGCGGGUCGACGGGAACGAGAGGUUAACGAAUAUCGCGCGCGCGUUUACCUCCGCGCUACCUUUCCACGGCAUAAAGCGUGGCGUGUGCAUGUGCCUGCGAUGCCGUCGUCCCGUGAUAUACCGACGUUCGGCUGACGAGAGACGGACGGCAAAGAGAAAGAGAGAGAGACGGACGAGGUGGACGAAGACGGAGCGAGCGAACGAAGCGAGCGUGUUAACCGUGGCGGUGGUGCACAGUUUCGGUACGCUCUCGGACACGGCGCUCUGACCGGCGGCGUGCGCCCCGCGCCUACUCGUGAACGGAGACAGAGACAGACAGAGAGAGAGAGAGAGGGAGAGGGAGACCACGACGACGACUCUCGAGAGCGUGCGCGAGAGUGAGAGAGAGAGUGAGGGAACGAGAGGGAAAGCGAGUCAACGACGGCAGGCAGGCAAGCAAGCAGGCUGCAGGGAGAGAGGGAAAUAGAGAGAGAGAGAGAGAGAGAGAGAGAGAGAAAAAAAGAGAGUGAGUGUAAGCUUGGAAAAAGAGGUGCGGAAACGAAGCGCGCGCUACCGCGGGACGGAAUCGCGAGGAGAGAAAGAGAGAUAGAUAGAUAAAGAGAGAGAGAAACCGAAAGGGAGCACGUAAAAGAGUGUAGGUGUUCUUCCGAGGAGAAGUGCGCUCGCGGAAACAACGUGCGGGAGAGGUGGAGGGAAUCCUGUCUGUCCGUUCGUCCGUCUGUCCAUCUAUUCGCCGGGACACGCGACGAGGCCUGGAAUGGCUGCGAGGGCAGGGGAGGGCGGGGGUGAGACCUCCUCGGUGACGGUUCUCGACGACAAUGCCGGUAUCGUGACGAGAGCAGCGGCAGCGGCGGCGGCGGCGGCGGGCCCCCUCGCGGAAUCGUCCACGUCGUCUUCGUCCUCUUCCUCCUCCUCCUCCUCCGCCGUCGCCGCCUCCACCAUCGCUUCCACCAUCGCCGCGAUGCCAACGGUGAUCCUGACGGAGAGUACCGCUACGAGCGCCGGUAGCCUGCCCUUGACGGCGUCUCAACAACAGAGCAACCUGCAGCAUCAGGUGCAUCAACAGCAACAACAGUCGCGUCAAAGGCUCAACCUCAUCACCGAUGUAGUCGUCAAUGAUGUCGCAGGUAACCUCAAUGACUCCUCUCGUUUUUGGGGCCUUUGUUGUCGCUAAUGUGCCGCUUGCCAACCCCUUUUCCUUCCUCCUCCUCCUCCUCCUCUCUCUCUCUCUCUCUCUCUCUCUCUCUCUCUCCCGACUUUGUGCUUUCGUCUUCCUUUCUCUCUACCGGAUGCUCUUUUCGUCUCUCUCCUCCUCCCUCUCUUCCUCGUGCCUCGAAUCCUCUGUCGUCUGUUGCAUUGUGUGUGCGCGCGCGCGCAUAAAUCCGCAUUUCGAGCCACUUCCAAAUUUCUCAAGACUCUUCGUUGACAUGGAAUAAACCGCGAAGAACGCGAUAAAUGAAGAGAAUUUAAAAUAUCCGGAAGAGACGAAACUUGGGACGAGCUGUAACGGCUUGGAUGUAAAUUGGCAAUUAAAUGCAAUUUGCUUAAUGUGCUCGCACGUGAUUCGAUUCCCGCCGAAGUGCAUCCCAGUCGCGGUCACGUGGACCACGCUCGCGAGACAACGGCCCCGCCGCAACCGCGCCGCCGCGUUCCUGAUUUAGUGUCGGCUCGCGUAGCGAUGUUGUAGUGGCGCAACAGGCGUUUCGGAACCGAAAUUCCGUAGCCGAAUCGCUUCUCCGUUCGUCCGUCAUCGUCUCGAAUUUAGAACAGACAGCCUUCGGCCGGCUUCUUUGUAUGAAUGCCACUGGUUACGCGCGGCAUAUUCCAACCCUUCGCGGACAAAAUAGCGGUUCGUCGAAACGAGAUUCGCGCCACCCGCCUUUAUUUACAUCGACGCUCCCCCCCCCUCCUCUCCUCUCCUCUCCUCUCCUCUCCCCGCCGCCUUUUCCAUUUCUCGUACUUUCCCUUUCCUCUGCCGCGACGCGAGAAAUUGCGAGACGAGUUUUUCUCGAGCUACAACUGCGAUUAACUUUCCGCAGACGACUCCCAUCCUCUCUCUUUCUCUCUUUCCCUUUCUGCCUUUCUUUUUCGUUUUACUUUUCCCCUUUUUCUUUCCAUGGCUCUCGACUGCAACUUCUCCUGCACCAUCGCUUCUUCUGUUUCUGAAUUUAUUCGAGUCGAGCCGGUAUUCGCACGUUUCUACUCACCGACGAUGACUCCACUAAAUCAUUUUAAACAAAGUAGAUUGGGGCAAGUGGCAAGCCGUGGUUCCAUUUAAUUCGAAAUACAGGUGCUAAGUAAAACGAUGAGCGUGAAGUGAAACCGAGUCGAUUAUCUUUCUACAAAAAAUGAUCGAAAGUAUAUUUCUAAUAAAAAAAAAAAAAAUACUUUUGAAAUUUUGGAUCAUGUUUUUAUCGAAUCCAUGAAAUGAUGAAUAAAUUUGCCAAACGAAGCUUUUGUUUUAAUAUUUGCCCCGUUCUUCCACUUGUCCCAGUUUAUCCGUCCAUUCGUCUAGUCACCUCAAAC